AAAAGAGAGAGGCGGAAAAAAAGAAAAAGAAAAAAGAAAUGGGAAGCGGCAGCCGAGCCUUCUUCCUCUGCAAACCACCCUCGCUCGCCACCCUCAUUCCCUCGCUCGCCGCCGCCCACCGCCUCCGGUUCAGCUUCAUCCCGCUCGGCGGACCCCACCCUCCCUCUCCGUCCGCCCCCGCGCCCCGCCGCAUGGCCACGGAGGUCGCCGCUUCCCUGCCGGGCGACGCCGCCAGCUCCCCGGUCGUCGAGAAGCAAACCGCUUCCGCUUCUUCUUCUUCUCCGUCGCCAUCGCCUUCUUCCGCGUCCUCCGCGAUCGACUUCCUCACUCUCUGCCACCGCCUUAAGACAACCAAAAGAGCUGGCUGGGUGCGGAGAGAUGUAAAGGAUCCAGAGUCUGUAGCGGACCAUAUGUAUCGAAUGGGAUUGAUGGCGCUUAUUGCUUCAGAUAUUCCUGGUGUUGACCGAAACAAGUGUAUAAAAAUGGCAAUUGUACAUGACAUAGCUGAAGCUAUUGUUGGGGACAUAACCCCUUCUGAUGGCAUCUCAAAGGUGGAGAAAAGCAGAAGAGAGAGGGAAGCAUUAGAUCACAUGUGCAGAUUACUUGGUGGAGAAUCACAAGCAAAGGAGAUAAAUGAACUAUGGAUGGAGUAUGAGGCAAAUUUAUCACCAGAAGCCAAAGUUGUUAAGGAUUUUGACAAGGUGGAGAUGAUACUUCAAGCCCUGGAGUAUGAAAAUGAGCAAGGAAAGGAUCUUGACGAGUUUUUCAUGUCAACUGCUGGAAAAUUUCAGACUGAAUUGGGCAAAGGUUGGGCAUCAGAGAUAGCAUCAAGAAGGAAAGGGCAGUAGUUAAAUCUUUUUGGAGCUUUUCAAAUUCGAAUCUUCGGUACUCUCGACAAGUGAUAUGAUCGUCAUGAGGAUUAAUGACCCUAUUCCAGUGAAAUGGUUGGUGGCAUCUGCUCUCUCUCCUUUUCCUCUUUGGUGGGGGGAAAGAGAAGUCAACGGACAUUGCAAAAAUAGGGAAUUAACUUGUGGCUCAUUUGUCCUGGAAUGUGGCCAUUCUGAUUAUAUGUGACCUUUAGCUUGAACGAACUUUCAAAUGCUUACAGCCGCCAUCGCGCGAGGAAUUUGGCCUUUGCUAAAUUGGAAGGCUCUUUUCUCAUCUGGUUCCGUAAUGAUCCCAAUGUUACCUGCUGCACGUUUCGAUUCCAGACUUUUCCGGGAUCUUUAACUAAAGCAGAUCCUUGGUUUAACUGGUGUGCAUCUUUUUCG